UCCGCGCCCCGGGCAUGUCUCUGCGGUCCCGGCGCCCGCCCGCCUGAGCCGCCGGCGCGUGUGGCCGCGCUCCCGCCCGCGUUCCCUCCGUCGGCGCCCGGAGCAGCGGCCUCGGUGCGCCCCUGGCCGGUCCCCCACGCUGCCGCCCGCCGCGGGCCCGUCCGCCAUGCAGGCGCGGGCGCUGGUCCUGGCCGCCCUGGUCGCGCUGGCGCUGGCCCGGGAGCCUCUGGCCACGUCGUGCCCCGCGCGCUGCGACGUGUCGCGGUGCCCGAGUCCCCGCUGUCCCGGCGGCUACGUGCCCGACCUCUGCAACUGCUGCCUGGUGUGCGCCGCCGUCGAGGGCGAGCCGUGCGGCCGCGCCGUAGACUCGCCGUGCGGGGAGAGCCUGGAGUGUGUGCGCGGCGUGUGUCGGUGUCGCUGGGCGCACGCCGUGUGCGGCACCGACGGGCACACCUACGCCAACGUGUGCGCGCUGCAGGCGGCCAGCCGCCGCGCGCUGCAGCUCUCCGGGACGCCCGUGCGCCAGCUGCAGAAAGGCGCCUGCCCAUCGGGUCUCCACCAGCUGACCAGCCCGCGGUAUAAAUUCAACUUCAUUGCUGACGUGGUGGAAAAGACGGCGCCGGCCGUGGUCCACAUAGAACUCUUCCUGAGACACCCUCUGUUCGGCCGCAACGUGCCCCUGUCCAGCGGCUCAGGCUUCAUCAUGUCGGAGGCUGGCUUGAUCGUCACCAACGCACAUGUGGUGUCCAGCACCAACACCGUCUCGGGCCGGCAGCAGCUCAAGGUGCAGCUGCAGAAUGGUGACACCUACGAGGCCACCAUCAAAGACAUCGACAAGAAGUCGGACAUCGCCACCAUCAAGAUCCAUCCCAAGAAAAAGCUCCCGGCGCUGUUGCUGGGCCGCUCGGCAGACCUGCGGCCCGGCGAGUUUGUGGUGGCCAUUGGUAGCCCAUUCGCCCUACAGAACACCGUGACCACGGGCAUCGUCAGCACAGCCCAGCGGGACGGCCGGGAGCUGGGCCUCCGGGACUCAGACAUGGACUACAUCCAGACGGACGCCAUCAUCAACUACGGGAACUCCGGGGGACCGCUGGUGAACCUGGAUGGCGAGGUCAUUGGCAUCAACACGCUCAAGGUUGCGGCCGGCAUCUCCUUCGCCAUCCCCUCAGACCGCAUCGCGCAGUUCCUCACGGAGUUCCAGGGCAAGCACGGUAAAGACUGGAAGAAACGCUUCAUUGGCAUACGGAUGCGGACCAUCACACCAAGUUUGGUGGAGGAACUAAAGGCCAGCAACCCAGACUUCCCGGCGGUCAGCAGUGGAAUUUACGUGCAAGAGGUUGUCCCAAAUUCACCUUCUCAGAGAGGGGGCAUCCAAGAUGGCGACAUCAUCGUCAAGGUCAAUGGGCGCCCUCUGGCCGACUCGAGCGAGCUGCAGGAAGCCGUCCUGACCGAGUCCCCCCUGCUGCUGCAGGUGCGGCGGGGGAACGACGACCUGCUUUUCAGCAUUGUGCCCGAGGUCGUCCUGUGA